AUGUUCGUUGCUAGUGGUGAUACUUUACAAGUUGAUAUUAUCCGUGGUGCUUUUUCAUUAUCGUACAACAAAACAAACCUGAUGCCUAUGAGUAAUACAAUAAGUAGUAUUGGUGAUAACGAAGAAGUACAUCUUAAGCAUGAAGUUAUUUACUUGUGUCUACAAUUGUUUAAUAAAGUUACUACCAUAAAAACUGCAGCAAAUGUAUUAUUUGAUCAAGAAGAAGAAGGUAAUUCAAGUAAUUUAAAUUAA